AUGGCUCCAUACGAGACUUUAUAUGGGAGAAGGUGUAGGACACCUUUAAAUUGGGCUGAGAGAGGAGAAAGAAAGGUAAUUGGUGCAGAUCUGGUUGAUGAUGCUACAGAAAAGAUUAGAUUGAUCAGAGAUAGAUUGAGGGCAGUACAGGACAGACAGAAGAAAUAUUAUGAUGCCAAGCACCGAUCAGUUGAGUUUGAUAUUGGAGAAUUUGUAUUUCUCAAAGUCAGUCCAAUGAAGGGAGUGAAGAGAUUUGGCAAAGCAGGAAAACUGAGUCCCAGAUUUGUAGGUCCUUUUGAGAUUUCAGAAAGGAUUGGAAAGGUGACCUAUAGGUUGAUUCUACCAGCACAUAUGAGUGGAGUACAUAAUGUGUUUCAUAUUUCCUCCUUAAGGAAAUAUAUUUCAGAUGAGACUCAGAGGAUUAGUACAGAUGUGAUAGACAUUCAACCUGAUUUGACUUUUAUUAAUGAACCAGACAAGAUCCUUGAGUAUGAGGUUAAGCAGUUGAGGAGCAGACCGAUUCCUUUUGUUAAGGUGCUUUGGAAGCACAGUUCUGAGAAGGAUGCCACUUGGGAGAAAGAAUCAGAGAUGAGGGAGACCUACCCUCACCUAUUUGACUAA